AAUGCGUGAGGUGACCUCAUCUUUCAAAGUAUUUGCAGGGAAGUGAACAUCAUGCCUGAAGACUGAGGCACAUCUUUGAGGCAGAGUUUGAAAUAGAUACUUCUCAAGCCAAACCUGGUCGGAGAGGCACCAUGGCCUGUGCCGACAUUGACAUGGACAUCCAUGAAGCUGACGUGGCGACACGCAGAGCAGAGCUGAGAGAGCCACCAUUAGUGCGACAUUACCAGGCUACAGAGCUCGUGCCAGACAACAAAGGGCCGCUGCAUGACCUGCUGCAGAAACAACCUGCUGUAUUGGGGUCUCUGCAGAUAGUGAGCGGUCUCCUCAGUGUUGGAGUGGGAAUUCUUUUUGCAGCAACUCAGGAGAUGAAACAGUCCCUUUUCACUCUGUUCAGAGUUUCCCACCUGACUGGAGCACUCUUCAUCAUUGCUGGAGUUGUUUCCAACCUGUUGUUCAAAUAUCCAGUAUUACUACCUGUGUCCCUAGUGGUUAACUGUGGCUGUAUUAUUGUAGCUGUAGUUUCAGCGUGUCUGAUAAGUGUUGACCUGGCUCACUGGAGUGAAAAUAAUGAAAAUGAUCAGCAUUUGAGGAUGGAGGUGCUGGAACUUCUUGUAUUGGGGCUCGAGGUUUUUCUCUCUAUGAUCCUCUGCUUCUGGUUCGCUAAAGAGAAACGUGCCAAAUCCCCAUGAUCAAGCUGAUGAAAUCAUUUGAGAAGAAAUACAUUAAAAAUAACUUUCUAUAUAGAGGAGCAGUGGGCUGUAUAUUAGUGCUUAAGAGAAGUUAGGUGACUGUAUUAGUGGACCUUUUGUUUUUUUUUGUAUAUCAAGUGUGGCUUUCUGUUCUGUCUCAAUUGCCUAUCGGAGCUGAAAACCCCUGCUGAACAGCCCCGGCCGUGGUCUGCGUCUGAUGUUUGACUUGGACUGAGAACCCAAGAAUUGUGGUAAAUAAAUGUCAGCUUCCCUCAUGUGAAAGAAAAACCACUCUACAUCCUUCUCAACCUCUGCGUCUCUUUGUGUAACGGUAGUAGUGGCCUCAUAGUGCCGCUCUGUCAGUCUAUCUGCAAGGGUCUCUCGGUGUGUGGUUUGACACUCGUGCUUUGGUAUCAGUGGAAAUAUCUGCAACGUUUUCAGCUGCUCACACUUCCAGCUGGUUUCACAUACAGAAAACUUUACUGAGCUAUGAAGGAUUUGUAUGUUAUUGGCGUUAGCCACUGGUGAAAAUACUUAAUUUCAUUUCAAACUUUACUGUGACAAAGAAACGAAUACAACAACACGUUUUAAACAUUUUAAUCAUCUGUACAAACUUGUCAUAACAGAUGACAAAAGAAAAAAUAAACGACAUAUGACAGUACAAGUUGUCUGGAUUGAUCUUCUUGCUAUUUUUUUUGUUUGUUUUGUAAAAUACAUAUAAAAAAAACUCAUCUACAAUAUAAACAGAUUCAUACCUAGUUCAUUAAAACAAAUGUACAGACCACUGACGUACCAUCAUGGCAGUGUGUAUUAUGUGUUAAUUUUCAAUUUACAGUAUUGUAAUGAAAUGUCUAGUUGAGCUUCAUCCAUUUAAGUCUUAGUGCUGCAAAGAUGGACUCCUCUUAUUUUCAUUUCCUUGUCCUGAUAUACAAGCUGCUGUCGCAACAAGUAGCAUUCAGCUUGAGGACUUCACAGCUACGAAGAAAGAAGGAAAACACAAGAAAGGGGAUUUAGAAAAAGAUCUUUUCUACACAUUAUGCACUCAAAUUAUUUUACUUGAGUCAGCAUGCAAUAUAAAGUAUGCCAGUCAAGUAAAGGGGGCCAUUUAAACACAUUUAAGGUGUAAAAUGGCAUUAUACAACACAUUUUAAAGAUAGAUAGAUUUUGUCAAACCAAUCAUUUGGUUACCCUAAAGUUGUAAAACUUCCAGUAAUGACUGGGCAUCAGCGUUGCUUACAAGAUCAAGGGGGCGAUCAAAUUAGGUAUGGAAGAUGGUUUUUUUUACGUCCUUAAACCAGUGGUUUUCAAACUUAUUUUCAGGUGUUUUUAUUUUAAAUGUUUUACAAAGAAAAGGGGAAUACAACAUGUAUUUUCAGUGCUGAAGCAAUUUUAUUGUCAAAAUAUGUACAUAUAUAAAGUCUGUCAUAUUUAUUUAAAAUGUUUAAGUCCAUAACAAUGCUAGAACUUUAGCGUUGCUAGAUAAAAUGUUUACAACUGACUGGAGCCUCAGGAAUGAACAAAGAAUGCUUCUUAAAAAGUAAGACCGAAGAUUUAAGAGAAGCAUAUUUAAAUGCAUUAAAAGU